GAACUACUUUUUAUUAACUUCAAAUUCUUGCAAUUUCAUUAUUUUUAAUAUUGAUUUUAGUAAAAAAAACUUUUUAGCUAAAAGAAACAGUGUUGAUAAGAUUUUUUUAAAAGUAUUAUUAACAAUUCUUAGUAGAGUAACUAUCGUGCUGAGAAUAUUAUGUGCUGUACGUGCCUUUAAAAAUAUCCACACUUGUGUGUGUAAUAAUUUGUAAAUAUGUUCGAGGACAUACACGUAAGAAAAAAACUAAUACAAUUGCGUUUCUUUGGGCUUGUUAAGCAGCCUCCUCUGUGCCUGAAAGGAUCGCUUACUUUAAUCAGUAGUCAUCCAGCCAUUAGAUUGUGAUUUUAUCGAAGGAGAUCCCAUUCUGCAUAUGUAUAUUUUUGUGUAAAAAAAGUUAUCGACAAAUUGUUGUUUCUGGUUUACCUAAAAGUGUGUUUUUCAAAACAAAAAAAUUCAAUUUUUUUUUAAUCGAUUUAAAAUUUUUAAUGGAUUUGAGCAAAACUUCACUAUAUCAGCUGUAGUAGAAUUAUCUACUAGUUUUUGUUUCAAAAAAUUUUUAUCAGUAAAUGAAAAGUUUGCUGAUAAUAAUAUAAUAAAAUGGGAUGCUCAUCGAGUAGCCCAUUGGAGAAGAUUAAAAAUAAAAAAAAAAUUCAAAAUGUAGAAAGCAGAAAUGAGAAAUUGCACAUUCGAUUUGUUGACAGUGAUGUGUCUGACAAUUUCAAUGAGCUUGAUAGUGAACUUUACAAUAAUCUACUUGGUCUGAAAAGAAAAAUCAAAAGGACUUCAAAUGAUUAUUCUCUUUGUUUUAAAGAGGCUGAUGAAAGUGAUAUUCAAACAGAGAGCAAUGGUUGGGAGGACAUUAUUGAUGAGGAUGACUUGGAAUGUCCAGUUAAGGGACCUCAAGAUGUUAAUCCUGAUUGGCUGACAAGCAAUGUACCCAAUACCGUCAGGGUUCUAUUAGUAUUUGGAAAAGAUGAUCAACAACUAGAAAUUCUGGCCUCGGUAGCAGAAAGACUGAAUUGGAAUGUUUCAAUUGCUAAGAAUUUAGAAACGGCAGUGCAAAUUUUUCAAAAUCGAUUUCAUGAUUUAGUUAUUAUAGAUCAUAGAGGAUCUCGAGAUCAAGAAGCUAAUGAAAUAUGCAGAGCUCUCAGAAAUACGAAGAGUCAUCCCAGUUCUGUCAUCUUAGCUUUGGUUAAAAAAUCGUUUUUAAUGAUAGCAGACGAAGAGGAAAUUUCCAUUUUACGUUUAUUAGACGUAGGAUUUAGUAGAGCUCUUAUGGAAUGCUCGCAUGAUAAAAUAUUAGUAAAUGAACUUUUAGGAAUUUAUGCCAAUGAAAUUAAGCCAAAAGCACAACUUGCAGCUGUACAUGCUCUAUAUUUGGCAGUCGAUAGAUGUAAAGAUAUGGUUUUCGUCACCAAUGAACAACACAAUGUUCAGUUCGCUAAUAAAGUUAGUGAAAAAUUAUUGUCAUACAAAAUGGAGGAAUUGGCUGGAAAAAAUAUUACCGAUGUUAUAACAUGUGAAAAUUUUGCUCUCAUGGAUCAACAAUUGCAGAGGGGUCGUGAAUUUGAAGGAAAUAUGAAUUGUAGAAGAAAAACAAAUGACACUAUUACUGUUAAUUGCAGAAUUAUUCCAUAUUGUGCAUUUGGACGAAACCCGACACAUUAUAUUUAUAUUCAUGACACAUCAUAUUUAUUGGAUAGUUUAGGAUUAGUUUCCCAACAACCAAGAGGAAGUUUGCAAUCCAUGCGAAGAGGCUCUUUUGACGUCAAGUCUCUUGGAAGCGACAUGCAGAGGAGAGGGAGUUUGGCAAAAUUAAACAAUUUACCACUUGAAGCACCAAUAACAAAAGUCAUGAGUCUAUUAAAUAAUGCAAUGGCCGAAUCAACGAACCCUGAAGUUUCUAUGCAAAUCGACAAAGCAAUUGAGACACUAAAAAAUACCGAAUUGUAUGCACCAGUUAUGCGAGAGGACAUAAGAGCAGUUCAUGAUCCUGUCACUUCUGAUUUAAUCGGAGCUUUAAUAUCGGCACCUUUGUACAAAGACUCAAGAAGAUCAUCAAACGAUUCCACAUGUCGAUUGUCAACAUUCAAAUUAUUUAGCCACAGUGCCGUUCGAGCGCAAGCAAAAACUCUUCACGCUCCACGCGAAAUUGAACAUCUACUUGAUUCGAGCUUGGAUUGGGAGUUUGAUAUUUUUAAAUUAGAAGCUCUAUCUGAAAUGAGGCCAUUGGUUUUCCUUGGACUAAGUAUUAUGAAUGAAUUUCAAAUUCCAGCUGAACUGAAUUGCGACGAAAGAACAUUGCAAAAUUGGUUAACUGUAAUUGAAGCGAAUUAUAGAUCGGAAAAUAGUUAUCACAAUUCCUGUCAUGCUGCCGAUGUUUUACAAGCGACGGCAAUUUUUUUGAAAUCCAAUCGACUCAAACUCAUGCUCAAUUCGAUUGAUGUUACGGCAGCUCUUAUUGCCGCAACAGCUCACGAUAUUGAUCAUCCGGGAAGAUCGAGUCAGUUUCUCUGUAAUUCGAAUAAUAAACUGGCGAUUCUUUACAAUGAUCUUACGGUUCUUGAAUCACAUCACGCCUCACUCACGUUUAAAUUGACAUUGAGUGAUGAAAACGUCAACAUUUUUCAGAAUUUAGAAAGAGAGGAAUAUAAGAUGUUGAGAGCUAAUAUAAUUGAUAUGAUAUUAGCGACGGAAAUGACUAAGCACUUUGAACAUUUGGCUAAAUUUGUAAAUGUCUGCAGCAUCAGAGGAGAUAUACAGUCAGAGUCUUUUACAGAAAUUGAUAUUGAUGCAGUAUUGAUGCAAACGGAAAAUAUUACUUUAGUAAAAAGGAUAAUGAUUAAAUGUGCCGACGUAUCAAAUCCAACGAGACCUCUUAAAAAUUGCAUAGAAUGGAGCAGGAGAAUAGCAGAAGAGUAUUUUUGUCAGACUGAUGAAGAGAAGAACUUGAAAUUACCAGUAGUUAUGCCGAUGUUUGACAGACAAACGUGUUCUAUUCCUAAAUCUCAAAUAGGCUUUGUGGACUAUAUUAUAACGGACAUGAUAGAGGCGUGGAGUGCUUUCAUUGACAUGCCAGAAAUGACUGUCUACAUGAGGCAGAAUUAUGAAAAAUGGAAAGAAUUUCACGAACAAGGAAUAUCGACAUUACAAGAUGUGGAAUUAUUACAACAAUUGCCAGAAUUGCAGAUUUUUAAACUGCCUCGUAGUCCAUAAUGUCCUCUCCGUACAUUAUAAGUUUAGUUAAAAUUAAGAUAAUUAUAUUAAGUAAAGAAGUUAAGUACAUAUAAUAAAAAGAGCAUGUGUAGAUUUUUAUUUUUAUUAAAUAAUUAUUGAAAUGUUAAUUGUAAAGAAAUUAUUUAUUAUGAAGAAAAAGGUAUAAGGAAUAUGGAAUAAAAGGAAUACAAGGAAUAUUUUAGGAAACAGGUAAGGAAUUGUUAUAAAAACACUUAAUUGCAUCUGCAUGUGUAAGAUUUUCUUUAUUAUUUUCACGGAUUGUUUUUGCCAAUAAUUAUUAAUCAAGCAGUUACAUUUGAUCAAGUGGUAAUUUUUGUUUUUUUUUUCAUUUUCCUCGCAAUGAAGACUAAAUAAUACAAUAAUGGGUGCGAGGACUGCACACAAAAGAAGUAUAAAUCCAAUGUCAUCACACUGAUUAACCAUCAAAUAGGUAUGUUUUUUAUUUUAUUAACAAAUGUUACUAAGUUACAAAUAUUCAAAAGUCUAAGAAUAGUCCAAACAUUUAUUUUUGACUACAGUUUUACAUUCAUAUCGAAGAAAUACAAAGACAGAUAAUUUAGACGUUUCAUCCAGCAUUAAGGAAACAUAUGCGUAUACAUUAGAUUUAAAGAAAUAUCAUUUUUGUAAGCAAACAGUUUUUUCUGGUAUUUUUAGAGGAUAUUAUUAUUAUCAAAGAUGUUAUAGACACUUACAUCUAGUUAUGCACACAAAUAAUGCCACGCACAAUAUGACUUAUAUCUUUAAGGCUAAAGAAAAAAUUAUUUUUGUUCGUCAAAUUUUAAUUUUUAAUUUUAAUUUUAAUUUACCUGUAUGAAUAUUCUAUAUUUUUUUACUUUCAGGGUGGUUAUGAGCGUUUUUAGAAAAAAAAAAACCUUUACGAAACCUUUACGUAUAGUAAGACCUAAUACUAAUACCCCACUAGGUACAAUUUAAAAUCCCUUUUUUAAAUUUCUUAAUUUUUCUCCUUUCACUGUUAACUUUAAAGUAUUAAAUUGCAACGAAUUGAUAUCAAAAAGUGGAUCAAAUCAUAAUCCUUUUGAUACUUUCAAGAAAACUGUGAAUUAAUGUUAAUUAAUUUCUCUAUCUCCUUGAUUCUUAAAAGCUCUUAAAGAGAGAUACGAAUUUCAUAAGUGAUAGUGCUGGUAACAAUAUUAUUAACUUUUUAAUAUAUUUUCCAAACGGUGUGUAAAACGGGUGUUAAAUAUUUAAUACACAACACUGCAAAAAAGGAGUUAAAAUUUAAAUCCCAACAAGUGUUAAAGUUCCUUCCUUUCAGAGUUAAACUAUAAAGAGAGUAAAAUGUAGGAGUUAAAACUUUACUUCUUUACAUGUAAACUUUGUCAGAAGUUGAUAUAAGCUAUAAAGCACUGAUAUUUAAUUUCGAAGGGAGUUAAAGUUUCUCUCCUUUUCUUCAACUCCAGGAUAACUAAUUUUCUUUUAACUCCGAUAACUUUACUAGGUAGCCUUUAACUCCCCGAAUUUUUUAGCUGUAUAUGUAUAUUCAAAAGUGCGAUUUUAAUUUUAAACAAAUAUUAUCAAAAUUUAAAUAUAUCUAAAUAUUAAGAGUACAUGUAAAUAUUAUAUCAACCGAGAAAAUGAUUUCUUUUAAAACAGUUAUAAUUUAAAUCAUGUUGGAUCAAAUUUUACACUGUUAAAUGUAAUUGUCAAAAUACAAGAAUUAAAAAUUUUUGGCACUAAACCUUUGUACCUAAAAACGAUUUUGAUUCGGAACAUAAUUUUUGUUUUAAUUUGACUUUUUUUAAUUGAAUUUUCUUUAAAAUUGAAAACUGAAAUUAGAGAUAUUUAAUUUUCAGUCAAUGGACAAUUUUGAAAAAAGUUAAGAUUAAAUAUUUUGAAUCGAAUUAUUAAAAAAAGAUUGUGAAGACAAUGAAUGAAUUCGAUAAAUUUAUUUUAAAUCGAAGAAAUAAAAAAAUCAUUUUCUCAAUAAGGAUAAAAAUUUUAGAAUAAAUAUAAAAUUAAGUAAAUAUUUUGUCAAAUGUUGCUACAUGUAAUUUAUGUUGCAAAUAUAGAAGGAAAUAUUUGAAAUUGUUUGCCACUCUUGAGUGCAUUCGUUUUGAGUUGGAAAAAAUUUCGCGCGACGCAAGAAUUUUUGAAUACAAUAAUAUCGUCCCCCUAGGCAAGGCAAUGUUUGAUAUUUGACGUGUAAAGAUAUUUUUGGACUAAUAGUAAGCAGAGAAAAUUGAAGGCGUCUUAACGCCCCCGUUGCUCAAGUGUGAUAUUUAAAGCUCGCAUAUGAUAUUUUGGUCAGAGUCGAGCUUCAGCCACAAAAUCGUAAACUCCUUGGAUUAAUUCUCACGUUCAUUUUAAAAGUACGUAUGCGAUGAGUGUAUUUUCUUUGGAUUUUACCUGACAACAACUGUAAAUACCUUACUAUCUAACUUACUAAUGAGUCUCUCCUUAAUCAUUAUAAUCCUUCGCGAUAUGAAUUAAUCUUCCCUUCCUUUUGAUUUCUUUUCCUCCCUUUCCCCAUAUUGUACUUUUUCAACGUUCCUUAAUAUUAAACCUUCUUUCUAUUUGGUAUUAUCCUUCCUGAUGUUUAGUUAUUAUAAUAAUAAUACAAAUUCAUUAUCAAUAUAAUAAUCCAACUCUAAUUUUAUAAUAAUAUGCACGCAAUUAUCAAUAUAUAAAGUUUAAUGAUAUUACUUCUUAUUAUGUAAACUUUAGGUAUUGUAAAUUUUAUAAUCAUUAUUAUUGUAAUUAUUUAACGAUGUAAUUAUUGUAGUGUUUAGAGUAAUUAUUAUCAUUAUUGUAAGUGACGACUU